AUGACCAAUAUUGAGGAGUUGACAAACCAGCUUUCUGCAAUGGCCACCGAUCAACAAGAAGGGGUUCUGAGAUCAUAUUCAGAUUCACCGCCAAGUCAUUACUGCCUGAGAGUUGAAGCCUUUUCACUUCUGACUGAACAGUCCGUGGACGGAUAUGAAACGGAGGUGUUUGGAGCUGGAGGUUACAAUUGCCAUUACAAUAUGUAUAACUUUGCUCACAGGAAGCUGGUGUUCUACCCCAAAUGGAAACAAGAAAAGAGAUGGUUCUUUUUACUUGAUCAGAAAAAGUGCAAGUAUUUAGUUGUUGAAGGUAUUAUACAUGAUCUAUUUAAACCAAUGCUUUUUGCAAAGGAAAUUUGCUUUCAUCGGGUGAUGCUUCGCUCGCCACGCUUUGAUAAGCUUAUGCCUCUAAAAGAAUUUACAGAUGCCUCGAAUGGAUUUCUCAUUGAAGACACAUGCGUGAUUGGAGCUGAGGUUUUUGUGUGUAAAGAAAAAGCUUUAGGCAAAAGAGAGCAUUUAUCAAAGAUAAAUAAUGCCUUUAUGUCCAAGCAUGUUUGGAACGUGGAUAAAUUUUCAAAGUUGACUGGUAAAUGUCAUGGGUCAAAACCAAUCAGUGCUGGAGACCAGAAAUGGCAGAUCAGUAUCUAUCCCAAGGGAAUUUCAUAUGGAAAAGGCACUCAUUGUUCUAUUUACUUAAAGUUGGUUGAUCGGAAACCAAUUCCUCCACAAAACGCUGUUUCAGUGUCGAGUCACCCUCAUGGGGUUGGAGAGUUCAUCAGUCUAAAAAUUUUGGAGGAGGAGAAAGGGCUUUUGAAGAACGAUACUUGCAUUCUGGAGGCAGAGGUCAUCGUCCAUGGAGUUUCUAAAGUACUGUAG